GAGAAAAAUAGCGAGCGUGGGCGUCUACUUCUGCAAAAAUCUGAGCCGCCUGUGCAUUUGAGGACCUCGGAGAUGGGAGAUGCUUCUAGGCGCGUUACACCUGAAGACAUCAUCGAGGAAGAAGAAGAAAGUUUUAGAUCCGAUACAAUUAAGGCUACCGCCGACGCACGUCAUUGACACCAUGAUCCUUGGCUCCGCUUUUUCGAGGGGAAGGAGAGGUGUCAGUCAAAGGAUAUGGUUCUCGAGGAAGAUGCGACGUGGUAGCUCUAAUACAACUGCCGAAGAAGCGAGUACUCUACCUAGAAGACGAGCGCUUUCCAGAAGACGAAGUACAUCAAACCCGCCAGAAGGAAAAACGUCCCUCCAGCAUGAUAGUGAUACCCCUUCUAAAACAACAAAGGACAACUUCAACUUCUUGAAAGCCGUGCGGUUUCUUGAAGUUUAUCAUCGUUUCACUUUUGUCAUAGGCAAAAUGUACCGGAAAGAAAACUACAAUGUUAAGGCUCAAAAUACGGACUCCCAAUAAUAUGCAGCAACAGGAUAGAUUUAGAUAGAGAAAUAAGAAGCUCUCUCUAAGAUCAAUGACACGGGAUGCCAAUCAGUCUCUACUUCUAUGCUUUAUGCUACAAGCUUACUCAUUAUUUUUACUUUCCUAAGGUUGGAGUUUAGGUCCAGCGGCGCUCAAAGCACUAAAUGAAACAACCGGCUAGCUUUUACCUCUAGAGUCUUAGCCCUUUCAACAACUUACUCAUUAUUUUUACUAUUCUACAAGCUUAUGGUGCCUUACAGGUCAGGUCAAUAGGUGUAGCUUUAAUAAUGAAGGAAAGGGAGUUGGGCUGUUGCUUGCGGGACCGUCAGCGGAUCGUAGACGAGAGGCGGAUGAGUGCGGGUUUGGAGAAACGCUGGUCGAGUUACGAUUUAGAUAGACUUCUCAAUCUACAUUUACUAAGUAGAUGGAGCGUCUAGUUAUACUUCCUCCUUCAACCCGUCGGACUCUUAUUGCUGCGAAUAUAUAUCAAAGACUACAAGGGAGUACUUCCUAAUCUACAUUUAGAUAGUUAGAUGUUCCUUUUUUUGUUUGUGUAUUCCAGCCUACCUCUAGUUGUGUAGUUCUUCUGCACUGUUCUCUCAACAGGAUGGAAAAAACAAACUAGAACUACUUGAUACUAGAUACACAUAAAUUUUAUGCUAUGGGCGUAGGGAAUUCAUCUCCAAAGUCAUCUGGAAGAAAAUAACAAGAGGAAAAAGGGGCCCAGAUGAUCCCCGAGAUGAAUUCCCGAUACCUCUAGUUAUAUAAUGCCCAUAGUACCCCCUUCAUAUGAUGCCCCUACCUAUGUGAAAGAAAACAAAAACGAAGAUGCUAAAGAAACAACAAGUAAAUACCCCUUGCUGGGUACAUCAUCAUCGUCACCACCUGACCUAACCGAAGGCAACCUAGCUUACACUUCCUUCAUAUGAAAAAAGCAGUGAAGAUGUUUUGGGUACUCUGUGCAUCAAAGGCGAGGUCCAGGCAGAGCACGUGGAGUGGAGUCAUCCGCGAAACUACGUAGGGGCUCGAGUGGUACAGGAAGGACGAAGGCUGAGAAGGCACAAAGUGCGAGUAAACCAGACCACAAGCACCACAAGCACAAGUACACCAGACCACGAAGAAGAACUACAUCUACAAGCUCUACCGUCCGCCUCUGCAACAUAUACAACGUCUCACCUCCUCCAUGAUGGAGAGUUACAACAAGCUCUACAACUAUCGUCCUUCUCUAAUCAGCACGAAUCGACGACAAUUGUAGUACAGAAUUCUGCUUUCGCCUAUCCGGAUUUGCUCACCCCGAUCGAGCGGGAGCAACAUUUAGACAUGCUUCUAGAUUUGACCGCUGAAGCAUAUGCUGGUGAUCGCCUUGCUAAUGCUGUCUUUGUUAAGGCUUUGGAGUCCAACAUGUGGUGUAUAGACCGGAACCAAGAGGCAUCCUGACAUGGCAGCAUGUUUCCCUUUCCCAAUAUUCUUUCGUAUUGGUAUCUUCGUCUUUUCCAAUGUUCAUCUUGGCAAGUGGAGUUAGAAUUUUAGAUACGAAGCUCUAAGAUCAGAACGAAUCUUGACCGCGAUAUCAUCCCGCUGGUUAUGGAUGAUGUUUUUUCUCCCAUUUAUAACAGACCAUCGAGGGUGCCAUCUUCCUUUUUUUAGCCCAUCUUUUCGUUUCAGGCUGCGCCGUUUGGGUCCCUUGAAAGUGUAUAGGUUAAGGGGGGCCUCGCUGGUCUGGUUUUCUGGUUGAGGGGAGAAAUAUCAUCAUCCAUAUUGGUCGCUUCCGGCGAGCACGUAGAUGAUGCGAGCGCGGCUGCUCAGGCAGAGAUGGCAAGAUUAAGGCUCCUGUAA